AUGAAAAUUACUAGCACCCUCGUUCUCAGUUCUUGGCUUCUGUCUUGUGUUGCAGCUGCUGCAGAUACAGCCACUCUAUUUGAGGUGAAAGAUGUCUUCAGAGAGCCCAAGAACAUUGCGUUCAUGGUCAUGUCUGGCGGUGCAUCGCAUACCAAUUGGGUGCUGGCAUUCAUGGAAGAGCUUUCUGCUAACCGUGGCCAAAAGACAUACUUUAUCACAAGAGAUGACCACGUCAAGUUUGGCCACAGUUUUCCAUCUGUUGACACUGUAUCCAUAGGACCCAAGUAUGCGUUCGAUGACAAGAAGAUAGAAGUCAUCAAAAAAAUGCGCGAUAGGCCCAUGGUGGAAUCAUUUAUAGACAUGUUUUCAUCCUUCAAUGAAGAAUUCGAGUCAGAUUACAUUAGCAUCAUCAACACGCUCAAAUCAAAGAAGAUUGAUCUUGCCAUCUGCGACCAUUUCAGCACGCCGUGUGUUGAGGCAUCCACCAAGCUCAAGAUUCCCUUCAUCAUCACGUCUGGCAUGGCUUUAGGUCCUGACGCUGGGGCUCCAUACAUUAAUAACAAUAUGUUGACCAUGAGUGAGCCAAGCACAGUUAACAUGUCUCUAUGGCAGCGCUUCGAUACCACGUUCCUCAAACCAGCGCAUUUUAUCUACAAGUUGCGCCACUUUGCUAAGGAACAGCAUGCGUUAUUCACAUCAUUAGGCAUUGAAGAUCCAGUCAAAGUACCCGAAGAUCGAUGGAGGGAUUCUCUCAAGAUUGUCAAUUCAGCGUUUGGAUUCGAGUUGGCUAGGCCAUUAGGCCCUCUUGUUGAACUUGUGGGCCCUAUUACCACCAUUAAGGCGCCUCCAUUGACACAAGAGUUGGCUCGGUUUAUGGAAACGCACAGCAAAGUAGCUUAUGUUGCUUUUGGGCAACAUGUUGUUGUAUCUCCCAAGGACAUCCAGCUCUUGUUGUCGGGUUUACUGGAAGCGUAUGAAGCAAAAGAGCUAGAUGGCAUUAUUUGGGCUACUCGCGGAUUGGAAAACGAGUUUCCAGAUACACUGACCACUGCAUCCAAUAGGACCUACAACAUUCAAUCCUUUUUCCAAGACAACGGCAGCAAGGACAUCAAUUUCAUCAACUGGGCUCCUCAAAUCGCUAUCCUUAAUCACCCCUCCACUAGCAUGUUUAUCACGCAUGGUGGUGCUGGAUCCUUGUAUGAGUCUUUGAACGCUGCCGUGCCUGUCGUUGUGUUUCCCUUCUUUGGCGAUCAACCUGCAGCUGCUAAAAACGCUGAAAAGAAUGGUUUUGGCAUGAGAUUGGAUUACAAUGAGCCACAAGAGCGAGCCACUGAGAUUAUCCGAACAGUGGCAAGAGAUCAAGGCAAUCACUUUCGAGAGAAUGUCAAGCGAUUUCAAUUUUUAGUGCAAUUAAACAACAAGAUUGGCGUUAGCAAGGCUGCUACUUUGGUAGAAGAGGUACUAUUUACGCAUCAAGAUGGCCAGCUGUUGCAUCGUCGUGAUGUAAAGAGAGAUAUGACCUUCUUUAAGGCUUAUAACCUGGAUCUGUACGCUGUCGUUUUGGCAGUGCUUGUUGCGAGCAUCAUAGGCUUGACUCAAUUAGCGAAAAAAGCAAUUGGUAAUUAUCGUAAUGAUCAUAAACUCAAAACCAACUAG